AUGGAACCAAUCUAUCUUGUGGAGAUUCAGUGCCCUGAGCAGGUAGUUGGUGGCAUUUACGGUGUCUUGAACAGAAAGCGUGGACACGUCUUUGAAGAAUCUCAAGUGGCAGGCAUACCAAUGUUUAUAGUGAAAGCCUACCUGCCAGUCAAUGAAUCAUUUGGGUUCACUGCAGACCUAAGAUCAAACACUGGUGGCCAGUCCUUCCCACAGUGUGUAUUUGAUCAUUGGCAGAUUCUUCCUGGAGAUCAAUUUGACAAUGCCACCAGGCCAAACCAAGUUGUGGCUGAAACCCGCAAGAGGAAGGGUGUGAAGGAGACUGUUCAAGCUUUGGAUAACUUCUUGGACAAGCUGUGA